UCGAAGAGAGCACGCAAACGGCAUUGUUCCCUCUUGGCUCUUACCAGCGCCAGCAUCGCACGUGCGGCGCGGCCGACAUUUCGAAUGAGGUUCCUUUCCCUCCUCUGCUCCACAUCCCCGGCGCCCGCGAGAGCCAAACGAACGCUCGAGAUCGCUCCCGCGCCCCUCCGUCGCCGCCGCCGCUCGUCUUCCGCCGGAGCUCCUGCCGUUCCACUCCCCCGAGAGCGGAGGCGAGAAGCGUUGCAGAACGGGCUGUUCUCUCUGUUGCGGAGGCACGGCGGGAGCCGCCGGGUCGCGCUGCAGGUCCACGGUCGCGUCGUCGCUUCUGGGUUGCUUCUCCGAGACCUGUCUUCCUCGUCUACGGCGACGCUUCUCUUUAACGCCCUCCUGCGUUGUUACGCUCUCGAUCGGUUGCCUCUGGAAGCUUUCUUGCUCUACAAAGACGUCCAAAGCGGCAGUCUUUCCGCCUCCUCCUCUGUUUCCUUCAAUAGCUUCACGUACACUUUCCUUCUCAACUCUUGCGUCGGCUUGGGCUGCACCGUUCCGGGAGUUCAGCUCCAUGGGCUGACUCUGAAGCUGGGUUUCGAGUCCCAUGUCUAUGUACAGACGGCUUUGGUUUAUAUGUACGUGGCUUGUGGGUCUGUAGGUGAGGGGGGAAAAGUGUUCGACUGUAUGCCUGUGAGAAACCCCGUUACGUGGAACGUCUUGAUCAGUGGUUUGACGAAAUGGGGUCGCCUUGACCUUGCUCGUUCGCUCUUUGAGGAGAUGCCCGUGCGGACCGUUGUUUCCUGGACUGCAAUAAUUGAUGGUUACACACGAAUGAAUCGGCCUAAUGAAGCCAUUCAUUUGUUCAGAAAAAUGGUUACGGAUGAUGGUAUUGCUCCGUCUGAGAUAACUAUGCUGACCAUCUUUCCAGCCAUUGCCAACAUUGGGUCUGUGAAAGUUUGCCAAUCUGCUCACUGCUAUGGUGAGAAAAUAGGAUUUAAUUCAUCCGAUAUUCGUGUUGCGAAUUCCCUUAUUGAUUUGUAUUCCAAAUGUGGAUGCAUUAUGAGUGCAUGGAAAUUCUUUGAGGAGAUAACUGAUGCAAGGAAAAAUUUGGUAUCCUGGACAUCAAUAAUAUCUGCAUUUGCAAUGCAUGGUAUGGGAGAGGAAGCUGCUCAGGGUUUUGACAGAAUGGAGAUUGGGGGUUUGAAGCCGAAUCAAGUGACUUUUUUGAGCGUUCUGAAUGCUUUUAGUCAUGGAGGGUUGGUUGAAGAAGGGUUAAGAUUUUUUGAGAGGAUGGUUAACGUCUAUCAACUUGUGCCGGAAACUAAGCACUAUGGAAGUUUGGUAGACAUGCUAGGAAGGGCAGGGAGGCUGAAGGAAGCGGAAAAAGUCGCUCUGGAGGUUCCUAGAGAGAUUGCCAAUGUUGUCAUAUGGAGGACACUUCUAGGUGCCUGCAGCUUCCAUGGUGAUGUCGAGAUGGCUGAGCGGGCCACCGAGAGGAUAUUGGAGAUAGAGAGAGGAUAUGGAGGGGAUUAUGUGCUUAUGUACAAUGUCUUUGCUGGUGCUGGAAGGUUUAACGAUGCUGAGAGGUUGAGACAAUUGAUGGAUCAAGCCACUGCGUCCAAAGUUCCAGGGCAUAGUUUGGUCUAACUCAUGCAGGGAUUGAGAAAGGUGAAGGCAAGGUUGGUGUAGGAUCUUUGAUUGGAAGGAAUGAGGACUGAAUUGCAACCUACUCUUGAGCUAAUGCAGGUAAAUCUCCCAUUUGUCCUUCGAAAAUUAAGUUGCUUUGGGCUUGUGUUGUCUAAUUUUUUGUUGAUUUCAUUCAUCUCCAAGUUUGAUUGACUAUGUACUUCCUUGAAGGACACUAACAUGUUUCUAUCAUCUGUUUACAAUAAUUAUGCUGGGUUGAACUUUUCUAGAACUGGGGAUGCUAGGUUCCAGGUCUGUCUCUUUUGCUUAGUGAAAAUCAUCUCCUUUCGGUAAUUCAUCAUGUAUGAUUUGAAACAUUGACAGGUUCGUCGAGAUUGAUCUUGGCCUCUGCAUAGCAUAGCGUAGCGUUCCUCUUGAACAGUUCAUUGCAUUGUCCUUUCGAGUAGAUUUCUGUCUUUGAGAUGCUUAGUUUGAGCAGGUUGUAUAGCUGGUAAUGUGUUGCUGAGUGGAGCAAAUGCCUCAGGAGCAAAAUUUGGUUGGAUCUUCUGGUUGUUGCUUAUAUGAUUAUAUAAUUCAAGCUUGAGCACUUUUGUCUUGUUCUUAUGUGCUCUUUGCGCUGUCUCAGUUGAAGAAAGAUGUAUUAGAAAUGGAUGUGACGACAAGAGGGAAGCUUAACCAUAGUGUCUGAUGGUAAAGCGCCUGUUAUCAUAUGAGGCGAGACCGACGCUCUUCAGAGGCUAAAAAAAUUAGCCACUGAGUACCAAGCUGAGCUAGACAAGUAUUUCAUCUAUGGAGCCACCAUUUCUAGCAAGAUGUCUUCGUGGCUGAGCAAUGGAUGUAUCUCUCCGCGUGCCAUGUUGGAGGAGCUAAAGAAAACUGCCUCCAACCUAAUCUCUGGUGCCUCCAAGAAAGACGAUGGUGGCUCAUCUAGCACUGGAUCUAACUGGUUGAUGCAUGAGCUGUUGUGGAGGGAUUUCUUCAGAUUCAUCACCAAGAAGUACAGUUCACCAGUGCAACUGGAGUUUCCGGCUUGCACAGGUGCUCUUGUUUGAGUGGAGAAGGGUCGUGGAGGUUGAGAUGACGAUCUGCCUUGGGGAUUAAAAAGUUUUAUGCUGUCACUAUCGCGAGCUGUAGCUCUUAGAUGUUUUUGAGUAGAGGCUUCUACAAGAUAGGUGGUGGUGGUUGUGGUGGUGGUGGUGGUGGUUGUUGUGAUCUUGCUGCAAAUAAGCUGGUGGAAGCAUGAACUAAUUUCCUUGGUCAAUAUAUGGUCCGCGUGAGCCCGAGAAUUUCCCACAUGUCUGUGUUUCAUUUUGUGACGACUGCUUUCUUUUUGUCUUUCCCAGUUUAUAGAUCCAUACUGUGAAAAUUAUCGGUGCUUCACUGCAA